AUGGAUGAAAAGACAGCAGGAGAAAAUAGAAUGCUACAACUUGAAGAGUUAGAAGAAUUCAGAGGAAACACAUAUGAGAAUCAUAAAUUAUACAAAGAAAAAAUGAAGAAGUGGCACGAUAAAAGGAUCAGAAACAGAGAUCUAAAAAUUGGCCAGAAAGUGUUACUCUUCAAUUCCAGACUCAGACUGUUUCCGGGAAAACUCAAAUCAAGAUGGACUGGGCCAUACCAAAUUAUAAAUGAUGCAGGAAAUGGAGCUUUUGAGAUCCAACGAUCUGAACAUGGUCGUUCCUUCAAAGUGAAUGGACACAGGUUAAAACUUUACAAUGAUGAAACCUUUGAUGAAAUAGAGGAAACUAUCCCUCUUUCUGACUGGGAGGCAAUCCAGUAA